GUUCAGGAUUACCUAAAUUAGUAAACUUUGUUCAGAUUUGUUAGAUUGGGGUAAGAUGGCACAACCUAUGAGGAAAAUCCUGGUUGAGUUUUUUUACGACACAGUUUCACCGUACAGCUACAUUGCGUUUCAAGUCAUCAAUCGUUGCAAUAAAUCGUGGACGAACAUGGACCUAAAGUUGAAACCUGCGUUUCUACCUGCUGUGAUGCAACAAACGAACAACGCACCACCAGCCAUGGUGCCCGCUAGGGGACGAUACAUGUCACAUGACCUGCUACGCAUGGCUGACUUUUAUAAAGUCCCAUUUAAAAUGCCGCGCAACAUCUCUGAUGUAAUGAUGAACAAAGGAACAAUAUCGGCGCAGAGGUUGUUGACGGUGGUGGCCACGGAGGCCCCACAAUAUUUGGAGGGGUUGUCACGUGAGAUAUUUAUGAGGGUGUGGGUUCGUGACGAAGAUGUAACGAUGGUGGAAAGCCUCAAGGAUGCGUGUCGAGCGGUUGGGAUGGGGCAUGAGGUUGAUCAGCUAGUGGGGAAGAUGGCACACACCGAUGUGAAAGACGAACUACGACGGGUGACGCAAGAAGCGAUCGAUUACGGAUCGUUUGGGAUGCCGACAUUUGUGGCUCAUCUUACUAAUGAACCAACUAUGCUGUUUGGGUCUGAUCGAUUGUUUCUUCUCGCUUAUUAUCUCAAACAAUCAUGGCCUUGUGAUGUCACAGAAGCAAAACUAUGAUAAUAUUGUUCUAUGGUUUAAAAUUAUGUAAAAUCAAAUUAAUUUAUUUUUCUUUAAAUUUUCAAAAAUUAAAUUUUAGAGAUUGAUUAAAUAUUUAGAAAUGUCUUGUUGCCCAGCACCCAACAUAACCGACGAGGUGAAAGAAUAUUACGGUAAAUAAGGUUUGGUAAAUAAACCUCAAGUUCACUGGC